UGGGGUAGGAGGAAGAGGGCCCGGCCGAAGGUGACGCGGUGGCUGCGGAGGUGUGGGGAGCGGAGCGGGCGGUACGCGAGCGCGCGCUGCGGCAACAUCUCGGGCGCUCUCCCUCAGCGGCCGCUCGGGCGCUCUCCCUCAGCGGCCCCUUGGGCGCUCUCCCUCAGCCCUCUGCGGUGAAUGGCGGCGGGAUGGAACGCGAGGGGAGCGGCGGCAGCGGGGCGUCGGCCGGGCUCCUGCAGCAGAUCCUCAGCCUGAAGCUGGUGCCGCGGGUGGGCAACGGGACGCUGUGCCCCAACUCCACCUCGCUCUGCUCCUUCCCAGAGAUGUGGUAUGGUGUGUUCCUGUGGGCACUGGUGUCUUCUCUCUUCUUUCACGUCCCCGCCGGAUUACUGGCCCUCUUCACCCUCAGACAUCACAAAUAUGGUAGGUUCAUGUCUGUAAGCAUCCUGUUGAUGGGCAUCGUGGGACCAAUUACUGCUGGAAUCUUGACAAGUGCAGCAGUUGCUGGAGUGUACCGAGCAGCAGGAAAGGAAAUGAUCCCGUUUGAAGCCCUAACCUUGGGGACUGGACAGGCUUUCUGUGUCGUGGCGGUCUCCUUUUUACGGAUUUUAGCUACUCUAUAGCACAUGCCCUUGUGCUGUGAUGGUGAAGCGGUUUUAUAGAGUCCUCAAAAAGAAUGCAUUAUGGGAUGUUUUCUCAGUUCUUCAAACCAAACGGUAUGAAGAACAACACUUCAGUCCUUUCUUCAGUUUGAAGUUCCAGGAAUUAAAGAUCUUUUUGGACUCAGUUGUUCUCAACCAGAAAAAAAAGUCCAGUUUCUUUUCUCCCUGUUUUUUAUAUAUUCACAUCAGGCGGUUUGCAGGUGCGCCUUUCCCAAGCCGUCAGCAGUGCUUCUGGGUUGGCACCCUUCACACUGAGAUUUACAGUGUCCUGUGAGAAAAGGCAGCCUCGCAUGUUUCAGAGAAACUGUAGAACAUAGUGGUUUGCUUCUGAGCACAGUAAACUGGACUGAAAUCUUACCUGAUCUAAUCUUGAUUAAAAUUUGGCAAACCCUUGCCACAUCUUCAUGACAGUAAGUGCCAAGUAGGUUUUGGUUGAGCAUAAUGUUGAGAACAAAUUUGGAGAAAUAAAACACACACAAAACCUAUAACUCAAGUAGUGGCUUCAGUUCCACUAUUUAAAUAAAUAAAAGCUAACUCCUGAAUGAUGUGACAUUUUAUGAAUAACUGUUUCGACCUCUGAUUAUUUUAUAUAUUUUAAGAUGUGUGAAUUUCCUGUUUUGUACGUUUCCUCAAAAUAAGCUAGGUAAUUGAGAAUUUUUUCCACAGAACUCCUGUACCACCUUUUCCUAUUACUUUAUAGUCUAUUGAUUUCAUUUAGUUUAAUUGGAAACACGCCCUAUUAAAUAGUUUGAAUGGAAAAUUCUCAGUCAUGUUGAUCAGGAUACUCAUUGGACAUUGAGACACACACACAGAAAGAUACUUUAAACAUUCUGUUACCAUUUUUUUAGUGACUUUGGUUUGCUCAUGGCUCUUAAAAAACUGUAAAAGUGCAGCUUUAACUGGAAUUAGGAGUUAUUGAUUUCCUAGUCCUAAUGUGGUUACCUAGUGCUGGGUCUUCAGCCCACUUUACAGUGCUGGGUAUGACUCCCAGAAAGUGCCUAAAGUUUAAUUUUCAGAUAUACCUUCCACUGUGCCCUUUAUAUUUCCUUUCAAGAGAAUUUAUAUCCUUAAAGAAAAUUAAAUAUCAGAGUUUUUUUAAAACCCUAUUUUAGCUCUUUUAAUUUUUCUUCUAAUGCCUAGCUUUCUUUUUCAUCUAAAGGCCUAAAAACUGUGACCUUCGAAAGAAAAAGGAUUGCAAAAAUUAAAUAUCUGACUUUAUCCUUAACCACAUAAACUGGUUUGUAUGAAAUACAAUUGUUGUUAUCUGUUUUCAAAAUAGUUUCUGGUAAUUAAAUAUGACAUUUUAAAGGGAAAGUUUUCAUUAUGAGUGUGAAGCUACCUGCCCAUGAGGUCACGUGCAGUGCUGUUUGAUUUAAGCAAUAUGCACUCUGGCUUCUGAUUAAAAAUAGCCAGGAGAACCAAUUUACUAGGGAUGGGCACAGAGAAAAAUUAAAAAGGGUCCCCAAAAGUAAGUGGACAUUUUCUUUUAACUAAUAGGCCAUUAAACUACUUAUCAAAAUUACAGUGAUAGAUAUACUCUAACGAGGUGAAAAAUUGUAGGAGUUGUAUACAGGCAAAUAUCCUUACAAAUUCCCCAACAAGAUUACUCUCCAAUGCUCAAAUCUUUCUUUCAAACAAAUUUUUAUGUCUUUAGCUCAGGACUCCAUUAUUUCAGUUCAAUAGUUGGAUUUUGAAAAGUAGCCCUUCAGCUUAAGAAAUUUUCCUUCAUCUCUACUGAAAGAUGUCUCAGCAUUCUCACCGAAAACAUUCCUUUGGAUAGAGUUUCACAAAUUGAGUGUGGGCUAGUGGUCAGUGGGCUUUUCUCCCCAAAUAUUAAGUUUUCAACAUAUUGAUCCAUGACUUAACUGUUUGGUUGCUUCACUUCUAGAGCCAAAACACAAGAACUAAUGCAUUUUGAACGCUGUCUUUGUUUUCAUCUGUUUCUUGUUUGAUAAUCCACUGUUUAUCCGCUGUUUUUAAGAACUUCAAAUAUAAAAUAGAUCUUCACAUUAUUGAAUGUUUCAUCCAUCCCAGUAUGUGAACAUUCUGUGAAUAAAUGAAUAUAGACUUUAUAUAACUGAGCUUUGUGGCUUGAAAUGUUUUCAGGAAGAAACUAUUUGAAUUAUAAGGAAUGUUUAUUGUCCCUGAGGGUUUCUUUUUCUUUUUAAUUUCUCAUCUCAAAUGCACAAUUAUCUGGGAGUGGUUGCUCAGAUGAAAAAGGACUGGCAUUUGUGUUGAACAUUUUAUUUUCUCACAUAAAGCUUCUGAGACGUUUUGCCAACUCCUGACUUGCCUGGAGACAUGUGAAACCACCCCUGCCCCAGCUAUGCAUCCACUUUUCUUUUAGUGGGAAGGAGAAACCCCCAACCAUGAAAAGCUGAUUUCUGGAUUCUUUGAGUAAAGGUUUUAGGAGAAAAACAUUUCAUGUAAACUUAAAUCCAAUACAAAUGAGUAAUGAAUAUUCCAAGACAAAGGUGUCUCACUGUACUGUUUACUGAUUCGGAACAUUACCUAGGAAAUGUCUGAACUAGGGAGAUAAAGUUCAUGCAAAAAGUGAUCUUUAAGCUCUUGUGUUUCCUAAGUCUUUAAAGUGUAUGUUAGCUUUUGAUUCCGAAAGCUGCUCUGGUUUGAAUGAAGUUCUUAAUACAACUAACUGCAGUGCACACCAACCUUCCCUGGGAGAUCAUUUCCUGAAGUUGAAGUCCUGGUGCUGUCCACACGCAGAAGGUUCUGUGUACAUGCGUUUCUGUUUUGUGCAUUGUUUCCCUGCUUGUGGUAAAGUCAGCUUAACUUUUUGUAUUAGAUUAUUUCACUAAAUGCUGCAGUCAAACUGAUCAAAUCUUUGUACCACAGAAAGUUAUUUAAAUUUUAUUUUUCUACUGAAAUUUCUAAUUCUGGUAUAAAUGUUUAUCAAUAAAGAUUACUUUCAACUCUGUGAA